AUGCGUCUCACUCCGUCCAUUGUUUCCAAGGGCCUGGGCAUCGCUGCCCUACAGCCGUGGGUAGAGGGCGUGGGCAUCGCUGCCCUACAGCCUUGGGUAGAGGGCCUGGGCAUCGCUGCCCUACAGCCUUGGGUAGAGGGCGUGGGCAUCGCUGCCCUACAGCCGUGGGUAGAGGGCCUGGGCAUCGCUGCCCUACAGCCGUGGGUAGAGGGCGUGGGCAUCGCUGCCCUACAGCCUUGGGUAGAGGGCGUGGGCAUCGCUGCCCUACACCCGUGGGUAGAGGGCGUGGGCAUCGCUGCCCUACACCCGUGGGUAGAGGGCGUGGGCAUCGCUGCCCUACAGCCGUGGGUAGAGGGCGUGGGCAUCGCUGCCCUACAGCCGUGGGUAGAGGGCGUGGGCAUCGCUGCCCUACAGCCUUGGGUAGAGGGCGUGGGCAUCGCUGCCCUACACCCGUGGGUAGAGGGCCUGGGCAUCGCUGCCCUACAGCCGUGGGUAGAGGGCGUGGGCAUCGCUGCCCUACAGCCGUGGGUAGAGGGCCUGGGCAUCGCUGCCCUACAGCCGUGGGUAGAGGGCGUGGGCAUCGCUGCCCUACAGCCGUGGGUAGAGGGCGUGGGCAUCGCUGCCCUACAGCCGUGGGUAGAGGACCUGGGCAUCGCUGCCCUACAGCCGUGGGUAGAGGGCGUGGGCAUCGCUGCCCUACAGCCGUGGGUAGAGGGCGUGGGCAUCGCUGCCCUACAGCCGUGGGUAGAGGACCUGGGCAUCGCUGCCCUACAGCCGUGGGUAGAGGGCGUGGGCAUCGCUGCCCUACACCCGUGGGUAGAGGGCGUGGGCAUCGCUGCCCUACAGCCGUGGGUAGAGGGCGUGGGCAUCGCUGCCCUACAGCCGUGGGUAGAGGGCGUGGGCAUCGCUGCCCUACACCCGUGGGUAGAGGACCUGGGCAUCGCUGCCCUACAGCCGUGGGUAGAGGGCGUGGGCAUCGCUGCCCUACAGCCGUGGGUAGAGGGCGUGGGCAUCGCUGCCCUACACCCGUGGGUAGAGGGCCUGGGCAUCGCUGCCCUACACCCGUGGGUAGAGGGCGUGGGCAUCGCUGCCCUACACCCGUGGGUAGAGGACCUGGGCAUCGCUGCCCUACAGCCGUGGGUAGAGGGCGUGGGCAUCGCUGCCCUACAGCCGUGGGUAGAGGGCGUGGGCAUCGCUGCCCUACAGCCUUGGGUAGAGGGCGUGGGCAUCGCUGCCCUACACCCGUGGGUAGAGGGCGUGGGCAUCGCUGCCCUACAGCCGUGGGUAGAGGGCGUGGGCAUCGCUGCCCUACACCCGUGGGUAGAGGGCGUGGGCAUCGCUGCCCUACACCCGUGGGUAGAGGGCCUGGGCAUCGCUGCCCUACAGCCUUGGGUAGAGGGCGUGGGCAUCGCUGCCCUACAGCCGUGGGUAGAGGGCCUGGGCAUCGCUGCCCUACACCCGUGGGUAGAGGGCGUGGGCAUCGCUGCCCUACAGCCGUGGGUAGAGGGCCUGGGCAUCGCUGCCCUACAGCCGUGGGUAGAGGGCGUGGGCAUCGCUGCCCUACAGCCGUGGGUAGAGGGCGUGGGCAUCGCUGCCCUACACCCGUGGGUAGAGGGCGUGGGCAUCGCUGCCCUACACCCGUGGGUAGAGGGCCUGGGCAUCGCUGCCCUACACCCGUGGGUAGAGGGCGUGGGCAUCGCUGCCCUACAGCCGUGGGUAGAGGGCGUGGGCAUCGCUGCCCUACACCCGUGGGUAGAGGGCGUGGGCAUCGCUGCCCUACAGCCGUGGGUAGAGGGCGUGGGCAUCGCUGCCCUACACCCGUGGGUAGAGGGCGUGGGCAUCGCUGCCCUACAGCCGUGGGUAGAGGGCGUGGGCAUCGCUGCCCUACACCCGUGGGUAGAGGGCGUGGGCAUCGCUGCCCUACAGCCGUGGGUAGAGGGCGUGGGCAUCGCUGCCCUACAGCCGUGGAUCAACAACAAUGUCAUGUGGAGCCCUCAGUGUACCCUGAUGUCCUCGGGGCACAACCACAUCUUUACUUAUUUCAUCAAAUUUACGUACUAA